GCCAUUACGCUUACAGGUCCAAAAAUUACGCCCCACACACCGCCAGCAGCAGCUUAAUUAAAGGUGAACAUGCCAGUAAUACAAGGAAACCUCAAACUAAUAACAUUGUAAUACCGCAAAUAAGUAUAAUGGACUUUAUAGACGAUCGCAGUAUUUCAAGCAGUCCAUCAUUCAAGAACGAUGAGAAAAUAACCGCAUCGUUGGAGUUUCAACAAGACAAAUACAAGCUGUUUAAUCAUGGAGGAUCUGGUCACAGACCUGAGGAGCCAUCGAAUAUCAAUAAUAUACAAGAACGCACAACAUUCCUGCCGACUGAAGUUUCUUCUGCACAACAACCGGUACUAGUGAAGUUAAUGCUAGGCAAGAUUAAGCUAACAACAUUCCACGGGCCGACCAGCAGCUGCAGGAACGCUUCCGAUAGCGUCGAGAUACACCCUGUCAUCAGGCUUAUCAACUACAUCGCAGAGCGGUACCUAUACCAUUGUAUAUCUGUUAUCCUGUACGACGACUUCUACGAGACGCAGUUCCAUAUCUUGAGGGCCCUCCUGAGCACGUACCCACUGACUUACAUCCAUGGAAAGGUUGGGAUGCAUGGGCUAAGCGACCCGCCAGACAGGUGCAGAGAUUUCUUGCUCCUCGUCAGGGACCUCAAGACAACGCAAACAGUGGUCGGAGAUCAGAGUGUGAGCAGGGUCAUUGUGGUGUCGCAGGCUUCCACGUGGCGCGUCCGCGAGUUUCUCAGCUCCAGGUCGUCUCAGAACAUAGUGAAUCUCCUGGUUAUCGGCAACCAAAACCAGUCUGACUCUGUCAAGCGGCGAAACGCAGACAUCAAUCUCUACACGCACGACCUGUUCGUGAAUGGCCUGGGUUCGAGUUCCUCACGGAUUCUGACCGCUUGGAGGUGUGGCGCCCUCACGCGACCGACAGUUAACCUGUUCCCAGACAAAAUGAGAGCCGGCUUCAUGGGACACCAGUUCUUGGUGUCUGCGGGCCACCAGCCACCAUUUGUAGUGAAGAGGGGGCAGUUCUUCAAUGGACAAGAAGUUGUUAGCUCAUGGGAUGGAAUAGAGAUUAGGCUUCUCUGGCUUUUGGGUGAGAUGCUGAACUUCUCCAUCAGUGUUGUGGAACCCUCUGAAGCCCUCUUCUUACCGAAGGCUUCUAAUGCUGUUGUGAAAGACCUCUUGUCAGGCAGGGCUGACAUUGGAGUGGCUGGCAUUUAUAUGACUCCAUCACGGGUGACAGCACUUACCAUGUCCUCACCACACACCCAGGACUGUGUGACUUUCAUGACACUCACCUCUACAGCAUUGCCAAGGUAUCGUGCCAUAAUGGGGCCAUUCCACUGGACCGUGUGGCUCACUCUCACCCUAACUUACCUGCUUGCCAUUUUCCCCAUUGCAUUCUCUAACAGCCAUUCAUUAAAACACCUGUUGAAAGACCCCUGGCAGGUGGAGAAUAUGUUCUGGUAUGUAUUUGGCACAUUCACCAACUGCUUCACAUUCAAGGGAGAUCGCAGCUGGAACAACUCUGACAAAGCAGCCACAAGAAUGCUUAUUGGGUGGUACUGGAUCUUCAGCAUCAUCAUAUCUGCAUGCUACACUGGCUCCAUCAUUGCAUUUGUGACUCUACCCCUCUACCCAUCCUUCGCGGAUAAUUGUUAUGAAGUGCUAAAUCGUGGCUUCAGAGUUGGGACUCUCAGUGAUGGAGGAUGGCGCCAUUGGUUCAAUGACUCUGCUGACCCAGCCACCACAAAGCUCUUCGAGAAGAUGGAAUAUCUGCCUGACCUGGAGUCUGCACUGUACAAUAUCACCACAGCCUACUAUCGUGACUAUGCUUUCCUGGGCUCCUGGUCCCUCCUGGACUAUAUCAUCAAUACAAAUUACACACAGAGGUCUGAAGGCAAGCGCUCAUACCUGCAUCUGGGGACAAAUUGCUUUGUGCCAUUCAAUGUGGCGCUCAUAUUUCCACCACAGUCACCACACAGCAGUGUGAUGAGUCAGAUGAUGUUACGCAUCAUACAAAGUGGCCUCUACAGGAAGCUAAAGCGAGAUAUGGAGUGGGACUUGCGGCGUUCAGCAUCUGGAAAAUUACUUGCAGCUUCUAGUGGACCAUCACUACGAGCUGCAAGAGCAGAGGAACGAAAGUUGACUCCAGAAGAUGCAACGGGAAUGUUUCUUCUCCUUGGUGCUGGAUUUGGAAUUGCAGCUUUUAUUCUUCUUAUUGAGACUGUAGCCUGGAUAAUAAAGAUAAUCAAGAGGAAAUUCUUUCUUCCAAAAAACAAUGAUGAAGUCUCUCCUGUUUUACAUGGCGACAUGAGACACAAAUCCGAAAACAAUGAUCAAGUCUCUCCUGUUCUACAUGGCAACAUGAGACACAAAUCCGAAAACAAUGAUCAAGUCUCUCCUGUUUUACAUGGCGACAUGAGACACAAAUCCGAAAACAAUGAGCAAUCUGAAGUGCUGAUGCAUGAUUACAGGGACCAGCCAGGAUUUAGAGAGAGACGUGCGUAUAGUGCAGGUGCAAGAUUCAAGAUACACGAGGACCUUGAUGAUAAGUCUGAUGACAGACUGCAGUAUUUUAUCUCAUUACAUUCAGUGACCAGUUCGCCAGUAACAAGCUAUCCAAGACUGAAGAACAGAAGAAUGCCAACUCCAAAACCUAAAUACAGUUUCACAGUAGAGGGAGAGGCAGACAUGUCUGGAGAUGAAAUACCAGAAGACUCAAGUUAUAAUGGAUGUAGGAAGUAUGAAGAAGAUAAUUCAAGAGGGCCAAAAUUCCAGAUAGGGAAUACAGGUGAUAAGUACUUCGGAGCUGAAGUUCAGGAGCAGAGCUAUCGUACAUCUGAAAAGAAUGAUAUGUCUGGUUCUCUGGGUUUCAGGGAGAAUCAGGAUCCAACUGGACAAGACACAGACAUGACAUGUGAUGACAGGUUAACAUCCCAGUAUAUGGAACAGUAAUUACUGUGAUGCUCAAGUGGGGAAUCAGCACAAUCACGCAAAAAACGGGAGCAGUGAGCAAGACAAAGACAUAACAGACUUAGAGACUGGCAUUCCAGCAAAUAGAAGAGUCACUGCUGUGAUAUUUCAGAAUCAGCACACAUUAUGGUCCCUCACUUUAUUAUAUACUAAGCAAACUGCUUACCUUAUGAAAUUCCUCAUUAUACAGUAUCCCUAGUUCCCAUCUUGCUUCACCUCUCUUGGACCCAGUACUUUCCAUAAACUUGAAAUAUACACAUGUUCUUCUCUCAGUGAAGGAAAUCAUGUUUCACAGUCUCACAAAACAAGUAGAAGGCAUGAAUUUUUUCAAAGUUGUGCAGUGUUCAGUUCAUAAACUUGCACAAAGAAAUCUAAGUUUUCAUUUCUGUUUUCACAUUAAUGAAAUAAAUUAUCAUAUGCUUACAUAGAGACAAAACAGGGGGAAAAUAUUUAUUAAUAGAAAAUUUUUUAUUUUGAUGUCUGUGAAAUGAAUGAUGUUUCAGGACAUUUUAGCCUUUUGCCAGUAAGACUGAGGAACUGAGCUGAAUCAUGUACAUGAAACAAAGUCUUUAUUUAUCUUGAGCAUUUUCAUAAUUUCCACAGUUCAGCCUUAGGGGCCACUUGCCAUAAGAUUAUCUGCAUGGGGUAGGGCAACCAUCCAUGACAGAAAUCCCGAACUGUACAGCAGACUAUGGCAAUAAGUACACUAAGAGAUUAUACCUAGGUAAGAUUCAAACCUGCUGCCCUAGCAUUUAACAGUCCUAAGACCACAUACACCAUUACUCUCUAAGGAUGAAUCAUAAACUGAAGUUUUAUUUUUUUCAGCUGCAUAUUACUUAUUCAAAGGUCAUUUCUCUCAUCCCUCCUGCAAGUAAAUUCUUGUACAAACCUGGUUACUAUAGACAUGUGCCUCUGCACAAAUAAAUCAGCAUAAGACAUCAUUUGCAUGAUAUGUAACUUCACCACAUGAUAUAAACCAAAUAAGGAAUGCAACCAUUGAACCAUCACUCACAAAAAUAACAUUUUCUCCAAAAUAUGUUUCAUGUUCCUUUAUUUGUAAUGAAAUAUUUCUUCAAUAAAUAUGGUCCUAUACUGAGCACCAUUCAUAUAGUAAUCAGGUUAUAUAAGGAGUGAAGGUUUGUGCACUGAUAAAGGAGCACAAAAAAUUUAGAGGUCACUAGAAUAAACCAAAGUAUUCAUAAGUGUCAUUGUUAUAUAGUGUGUUCUACUUCAGUUAUUAGGGGAUGUGACAGGAAGAUCAUGUCAUAAAAAUGUCAUGAUGAUGUUCAGUCUUUAAUUCACACUCAUCAAUAAGAAAUUUAAAGCGCCAAUAACAAAAUAGUAUAGGUAGUAAAAAAUUAACUUACAUAA